AUGGAUGAUCGAUCGUGGAUGUAUCGUCGUCUUAUGGAUGGUCGCCUUCGUCCUGAAUACAUUACUGGUGUUAGAAGAUUUAUCAAUUUUACAUUUUCAAUUGAUAAAAAUAUAUCUGGGGGAAAAAUUAGAUGUCCUUGUGUGAGGUGCAAAAAUGAAAAGUUUUUAAAGGAAGAUGAUGUUUGUAAACAUCUAUUGACAAAAGGUUUUUUACCUUGUUAUGAAAAUUGGACUGUACAUGGGGAGUCUUAUGUCGCAGAACCAAUAUUGGCUGGACCUUCAUCGAUUAUAAUGAGUCAUGAUGUGAAUGAUGUUUGUCUAGAGAAUCCAUAUAGGAAUCUGGUUAUGGAUGCAAUGGGGGUUGGUGAUGCAUUCUAUAAUGAUAAUGUGUCUAGUCCUAUGGUAGCAGGGGAAAUUCCAAAUCCUGAGGCAACUAAAUUUUUUAAGCUUUUGAAAGCUACGGAGGAGCCAUUGCGGGAUGGGUGUACCAAGCAAUCCAAAUUAUCUGCUUGUGUACAAUUGCUUAAUAUGAAGUUAACUUUAAAUUUGACUCAGAAUGCCUUCAACAAUUUUAUUGACUUUACAAAAAGUUGCAUGCCUAAUGAUGAAAAUUUGGUUUCAAAUUUUUAUGAUGCCAAGAAAUUUAUGCGGCCACUUGGACUUGGUUAUGAGAAAUAUGAUGUGUGUCCUAAUUACUGUAUGCUGUACUAUGGGGCAGAUGCAAUGAAAAUAAAUUGUGAUUUUUGUGGAAGUUCACGAUACAAACCUAGAAAUCCAACUAAUAAAGGUUCCAAUAAGGCGGAGAAGCAACUCCGAUACUUUCCUCUAACACCAAGGCUUCAGAGACUAUUCAUGUCUCCAUAUCAUGCCAAAGAUAUGACAUGA